GACCGAACGGAACUGUCUGCGGCUCGCAAGCCCAUCUUGGCAACGCCGAAGGGGUGUGUGUAUCGCGUAUCGCGAAAAUCCACGGACAUCUUUCGUCGAUGGCGGCGUCGACGAUCGCCUAUUGUUUUUCGUCGCUCGCUCGCAAUUUCGCUGUCGGUUAACCAAGUACCCCUCGCGGACGCCUCACAGGAAUUCCCGGUCGGCGAGGAUGGCGCUACGAGAGCGCAACCGUCGCCGUCUGACUCUAUAACGGAGUCGUCAGGCGCGUGCGACGUCAGCGCGGAAGAUGAGGAUGACUUUGUCCUGCUAUGACAUGCUCUGUGUCAAUUUCGCCAAAACGCUAUGCACUGAAACGAACACCACAGACAGCGGCGUAGGCGACGACGACGACGACAUGCAGAUCUCAGAGGCGGCGGCGGGCGUUCCCACCGUCGGUUCAGAACCGUGUCGGUUCCCCAAGCUGGAAGAAUGCGCCCACUUCCACUACGAGAGGGUGCAACUGCCCAAGCUCCACGUCACCUUGCAAACCAACAUGGACCAGUCCCUGCACUCGCAACACACAAACGACAACGAGGACGUCGAAUGGUUCAUGGUGCAGGUGACGUCCGGAGACGAGUGCUGGCUCCUCCAGAGAAACCUGGAGAACUUCCGUAUGCUGGACGAUCAGCUGCACCAGUGCAUCUUCGACAGGAAGAUAUCGCAGCUGCCGGAUUUGAGCGCGAUGUCGUCCAACGAAGAGGACCUCGAGUCGAAAUUGAUCUGCUACUUGGAACGCUUCAGCAGCAUAGCCGACAAUUCGGUGAAUUGCGGUCCCGUACUCAACUGGCUCCAGAUGGACAACAAAGGCCACCGUCUCUUGGUGCCCAGCGAAGAAAGCCGAUCAAUCAACACCCCCGCAGUAGCUGCAGCCUACAGCGUCAGGAGAUACGUCUCGCAGGCACGGGACGAACUGAACUUGGAAGUGGGCGACAUGAUAUCGGUCAUCGAUAUGGCCAGUCCCGGCGAAUCGAUGUGGUGGCGAGGCAAACGGGGCUUCCAAGUGGGCUUUUUCCCGCAACAUUGCGUUCACAUUAUCGGGGACAAGGUGCCCAGGAACAUGCCGCUACCGCCACCUGUUGUCGGGUCGUUAGCACUAACCCCGAUCAAGCCGGUAUUGCGCAAACACGGCAAGCUGAUAACGUUUUUUAGAAGUUUUAUUUUGAACAGGCCGUCGCGACGCCGCCUGAAGCAGUCGGGCAUACUGAAGGAGCGGGUGUUCGGUUGCGAUUUAGGCGAGCACCUGCUUAAUACGGGACGCGAAGUCCCUACGGUACUGAAGUGCUGCGCCGAAUUUAUCGAGGCGAAUGGUAUCGUCGACGGGAUUUAUAGAUUAUCGGGUGUAACUUCAAAUAUCCAAAAACUGAGGAACGCAUUCGACGAAGACCGAGUUCCGGAUUUGUAUACCGAGGACAUAUUGAAAGAUAUCCAUUCGGUCGCCUCUCUUCUCAAGAUGUACUUCCGCGAACUGCCAAACCCUCUUUGUACAUACCAAUUAUACCAAAGCUUCGUGAACGCGGUACAAGGUUGCGGUACCGCUAUUCGAACUACCGAGACCGACCACGAGAGGUUGCUGAAGAUGCGAGAGGCGGUACAAAAACUACCCCCGCCGCACUACAGGACGUUGGAAUAUUUGAUGAGGCAUCUGGCCAGGGUGGCGAAUCACAGCGAAAGCACCGGAAUGACCACUAGAAACGUGGCCAUCGUAUGGGCUCCGAAUCUGUUGAGGUGCGAAGCCCUGGAAAUCGGUGGUGUGGCCGCCCUGCAAGGUGUGGGCGUGCAGGCUGUGGUCACCGAAUUCUUAAUAUGCUACGCCGAUCUGAUCUUCUGCGAUCAUCUGCCAAGUCUGAACAGGCCGGACCUAGUCGAAAAGGAAAACCUCCUUUCGAAAAAGUGCCGACCUAACAGCCUGAACAUUUCGACGCCUACGAAACUUAUCACGCUCGAAGAAGCGAGGAGCAAGCAUUUGGUCAACAAAAUCGAAGAGUGCAACUACAUCGAGGUAGGCGGCGGGCCCAACAACCUGCCCAAGAAGUACCACACCAUCAUCGAACUGCCGCCAGGCGCGAGGAAGAGAGGACACACCAAACGGUCGCCGUUGGGAUGGAGAAUGUUUUUCACAAAAUCUCGGAACAGUUCGCAGGGCAACGUGUCGAAGAAUCGGAAGUCGACCACGCCCAUCACGAUCAACGAAAAAUCCAUCACCGAGUCUGAUCUCACUGACAUGAAGCGCAAGCUGAGAAGUGUCAAAUCUGCCGAGAGUCUGACCUCCGGCCAUUCGGAACCGGCCAGCAGCGAGGACGUCUUGGGACCUUUGCAUAGCUUAAACAAACCCCCUGGGCACAACAGAUCUGUUUCCCACGAUUCGUACUUCGAUACUCUGCAGUCGUCGCAGAACAACUCGGAAGGGUCGUUACUAGACCUGAGCGAGAUCCACCUCAACUUCGAUCUGGAAGAGUCCGAGAUGCGGAUAUUUUCGGAGGACGAGAGUUUGGUCAGCUCGCCGAGGAUACAGAAGGACAACCCGCAGAGGCGGAUCUUGACUCGUGCGCGCCCCGAGGAGUUCAGUAGCGCGGCGAAUUCGGUAAAUCCGUCGCCGAAGAAGCAACCCCGGGUAGUGCUGUCGCCCGAGUCUAUGUCACGCAAACGAACGCGCCUCGAAGAUCAGCUCUCCGACAUCCAGUACAUCGACUGCAACACUCCCGAAAAUGUCAUCAACACGACGGCGCUGGUCCACGCCCAUCCUCAGAGUCCGGCCGUCGAACGGGACAAGGUAGGCGGAGGCGAUCUGUACCAGCCGAAGAACAAAUCGCCAAGAAAUUCGGAUAACCUCGACACCAAGAGGCAGUCGCUGAACCUGGAGUCCAUAUCGCGAAACGCCCCGCCCAUCACCAAGUCGUUUACGGAGAUGGACAUCAACAGACAUUAUCUGGGCGCCACGAGCAUACUCACUACCCCCACCCCGAGCUCCCCCGGCUACAAGCAAUUGGGAGAGUCGAGUUCGAACACCACCCCGGAAAUGUCGCCUAAUUAUGAAAGCCUACCGUCGAAACUAAGCUUCCCGCAGCAGUCGCCUAAUAAAGCGGCCACGCCCACGACCCCUACGUACGAGAACAUACUGACAACGAUCAAUAUAACGUACAAGUCGCCGUCGAGAAGCGCGCCGGGUUCGCCGCUCAAGAGUCCCGUCUACGAGAACGUUUCCCUUAAUCCAGAGACGGUGGUGAUACCCACGUCUACCGCGUCGUUGCCCGUGCAGGAAGCGAGCCAACCCGAUUUAUUUCUCGACGUUCAAAAGUCGGACCGACCUAAGAGCCUGAGCGCGUUAGAAGACCACAGUUCGGCCGACUCCACCCUCAAGGCCAACAGUUCGGUGGCGGUGUGCGACACCAGCGAGCAAACGUCGCUCGCGAGCUUCAACGAGCAGGCCACGUUGAGCUCGAAUCAGUCGUCGAGGUCGAACGUGCAGUAUACGGCGAGCAGCGUUAGCUCCGCCCCCUAUCACUGCAUCGAGAAUUGCGAAAGACUGAGCCCGACCGACCUAAGCCUGAGCGAGGUGGUGCAAAGCUCGACCGAGAAUCUGAGCACUAGUCACACGUCGAUCAGUUUUCCGGACAGUCCGUCGAAGAACAGUCCAAACGUGAGUCCGACUUCGGACACGAAACGGAGCGAACGGGGCGCAUCGAACGACAACCUGACGACCGAAUCGGAGGUGUGGUCGCCGAUACCCCCGAGGCCGGACAGUACGAAUCUGAUCGAUUUCAGCCCGGACAGUCCGGCUACGUGUCUGUCGCAGAACGACAAGAGGAAAUCGGACGAGACCGAGUCCUUCGACGACAGCGCCAUCUACCAACAAGUCAAGUACUUUCGGCGUUCGAUACACGAGGUGAACGCGUUACUCGACCUGGAUGGCUCGAAGACCGACGAUGGUGCGAACGUUUACGAGGAGGUGGCGACGCCCGGUGGCGAGGAAGAGAACGGCUACGAUUCGUUGGAGCACGUGUACGAGAACGUGGAGGGCGACGAGUUGAAGAAAGACGGCGCGAAAACCGACGAGCAUGAGACCGUCUUGGUGGAGCGGUUCAACGUGAAAGACCUGAAGAAUAAGUUCGAGGAGAAAAUGGAGGCGAAAACUAAGUGCGCCGACGCGAAACCGAAGGCUCAGAAAUUGGUAGAUUCGCAGAAGCGGGAAGAGGAGAAGGAGGGGAACAAAAGUCAAUCGAGGCGGGUGGUGUACGAGAAAGACAGCCUUCCGCCGUGUCUGCGCGCGCGCAACCUCAAGCAUCAGCUGAAAACGCGCUCGCUAGACGAAAACGAUUUCGACAAGGAGUUCGGAGUCGGGUUACGGCAGAGGCGGAAGUCGCUGGACGAGGGUGCGGCCUACAAGACGAAUUCGCUCCCGAAAACGCUAAACCAACCCAAAAGGUUGCCAGCGGACGACGGCAGAGUCGAGUCGAUGCACCUGGCGCACAGCGGCGAGAAGGUGAACGACAAGGACGGCGCGAAGGAACUGGAGGAGGAGCAGAAGAAGAGGGAGCGGAUCGAGAAGUACAAAGAGGAACGGAGGAAGAUACUGCACGAGAGGUACAGUCCUUUUGGUUCCAAAGUUGUUCUGGUUAAAUCGUCUGAAUCAUUCAAGGAAGACAAGGACGUUCUCCUGUCCCGCCUGAAGAUCUACAAGGGCAAAGAAGAAACGUCGGAGGCGGGGCAAGCGCCGGAUCCCGCGCUAUCCGAACGGUCGUAUCGAAUCCGCAGGAAAAGUACGCGCAGCGAAAGCGAAGUGAUAGUACCGAGCGAAAAGUCAAAAAAUAACGCGGCAACUCCGCUCAAAGGCAGCCUGACGGAUAUAGCGGGCCGAGACGAGCGAUCCGCCUCGGCGAUCGAGCCCGCAAAACCCGCCCCCGGCAGCCUAAAAAUAAAGGCGGCCAUAUUCGAGCAGCAAAACCAAAAAUCUCAGCCGGUGAUGAUGGAUUACGGCAAACACCGAACUUCCGCGAGGGAAAAGAACGAAGACACCGACCAGCAGAAGGUCAGUAAAGGGGCGGCGGAUGAGACUUUAAAAGGUUUGGAUUUUAUCCGACACAAGCGGAGGGAAGACGAAGUGGCCAGGGAGGAGAGGCGGAGACAUACGUACGAGACGAGGGAACGCGAGACCGAGAUGGAUAGGUUGAGGAGGGUUAGUUUGGAGAGCAGGAGUCCGAGGAAGGAGAGGACCUCGCCGACCUACUGCAUUAAGGACAUGAAGGCAAUUUUCGAAUCAAAAUCCAAACAAUAACUUCGAGAGGGUUAUUAUACAAUUUACAAUUUUAAAGAUAUUACUAACUUAAAUAUGAAUCGACCAAAUUUAUUCUACGACUUCGUUUUGCUAGAAUUAACGAGUUAUGUUUUUUUUUUGUAAAUACUCUCGUAUAUAGGACGAAACGAUAUUUUUGAUUUAGGGACACAUGGAUGACGUGUAGAUGGUACUAAGGCCACAUAUUGAUACGUUGGGCAACGUGCGUGACAUUUUUGUUAUUUAUUUUUGUACGUUUUUUUGGUUGUUAUAUGAAGUUAGGUUAGGAUAUUUUUGACAUUUUGUAUCGCAGUUUACGGCCUGUCCCAAUUUUUUAGUAGGGACUGCUCUGCAACGGUUCUGUUUUGUUUUUGAUGUGCUCUCACUAGGAGUGGAACUGCUAUUGGCGUGUAUCACUGAUGCUUAAACGUUUCGAAGAAAACGUCUCCUUCAACGAUAGAAUAUUACAUCGCAAAUUUUCUGCCUAUAUAGUAAACGACAAUAAUUAAAAACGUUUUCUUUGAGUCGAAUCGCUGCUUGUUUCUCUGAAUAUAAGUGUUCUUGUCUCACCUUAUUUAUUUAAACUCAGUUGUAUAUAAUGUAACUAUGCUUUAAUAUUGCAAAUAUAUAGUUAUGUUAAAUAAAUCAA